AUGGCGAAGACAAGCAAGAGCCUGUGGGGGCAUCUGGACGCGCUUCGGGGCACCAGCGACAAGCUCGCGUGCUUGCUGCUUCCAGACGGCAGCAUUGAGAUGUUCGGCGCGGGGAAGAGAGUCGCGGAUAUCCUAGCGGAGUAUCCUGGUUACCACGUCGGCAGCCUCACCUCCUCCCGCCCACGACUCGCGCCGCAAAAGGUUCUGCGACCCGGCAGCACGUACCACCUCACCCCGGUUGUUUCGGCCGACGGGGAAAACGGCCCGCUUUCUCCAGGGGGAAAUGGCGGGGAGGGGACUCCUCGUCUGCGUCGCGAAAGCGCGUCGUUUUUGCGACCAACGGAAGCGUUUGGUGAAGUCGCCAACGAUGUUGCUCUGGUUCACGAAGGGCCGCACCGGGGCCCUUCGCGGCGAGUGUCGCUGGACCCGGGCUCGCUACAGCGGCACGCCACGGGAUCCCCGCGAACGAGCACCCGCUGGCGGGUGAUUCCCCGAGAUCCUUUCACGGGCCUCCCUGCGACGCACGAAGGAUCGCAGCCAGCGGAGUCGCAGCCGGAGUCGCAGCCAGAGCUGCUGAGCGCAGCGAUGGUCCGCGCAGCACUGACGGGGUCCGAAACGCAGAGAUCUUCCGCGGAGGAGACAAUGUGGACUCCGCACAUGCAGCAUAGUUACGCCGGCGUUCAAGGCGCGCCCAGCGUUCAGAUCCCCCCACAGGAGCCACAACAACAGCAGGAUCAAGAGAAGGAGCAGCAGGGAAGCACAACGAAAGUUGCUGUGCUUGAGCGCCAACUACCCCCCCCCCGCGGUAACCAGAGGAAGCUGGCAGAUUCGCCUGUUGCUGCAGUUUUUCCGGACUUCGCCGUCUGUUACGACAUUGACGAAGAUUCACCCGCUUCUCUCUCACCCCCUUCUCUACCAACCCCUCCCUGCCAACUUCCUCCCUGCCUUUUUCCCUCCCCCGUUGCUUGUCCAGGUGCUGACCGGCCCGAGGGUCGCCCGGAAAAUAUGCCCUCCUCUCUUGAGGCGCCUCAAACGCCCUCCACGUCCUCUCUUUCCCUGCUCCCUCCUUCCUUCCUUCCCCUCCUCCCCUUCCCCCACUCCCCUCCCCCCCUCCCCUUCCCCCCACACCCCGCCCCCCAAACAACAGGUCCUCUGGCAGGCACUAAGGGUUCAGAGAGUCGCCUGGAAGUCCUCUGGGAGGCACUAACGUGCGGACUAGUCGGCACCUGCCUCCUCCUUCCCCUCGCUGCAGCGCUGCAGAGCUGUCCUCCCCUCCCACUCUCUCUGUUUCUCUCAUUCCCUCCCUGCAAAUCUGGACGAUACCUGCCGCCUUCCUCCCCAAGCUCAAAAGCUGGUGCUGGAGGUACAACCGUACGAGCGUUCGGCUACUAUGACGGCACCCAACAGACCGAAGUCAACCAGCUGAAUACCGGCCGUACCCUGCUGAAUCCCGACGGCACCCAGCAGAAUACCGACGGCUUCCAGCUGAAUACUGACGGCACCCAGCUGAAUUCGGGCGGCGACCAGCUGAAUUCCGGCGGCAACCAGCUGAAUUCCGGCGGCGACCAGGCCGACAACACGAUUGCAAAUGCCAACAACGACGGAUACACCAGUACACCCAGCGCAGAAGUUGUCCCCGCCAAAUCCAGCAAAACGAACUCCGGCGAAAAUGCCGCGGAGAUUGUCGUUCCCUUUGGCGCAAAAGUCGGCCCAGUAGCCGACGUCAACGCCGCUGGCGGCCUCAAAGUGUCGGCCGGCAAUAACCAGGUGGAGAUCAAUCCUUCCGGUAGUGCUAACGUCAGCUCUGAUCUGCUUAAGACCAGCGCUUCUGGGGAUGCAACUGGUUCCGCGAAAUUCAACCGUGAGGGAGUCACCGUGAACGCCGACGGAUCCGCAAACGCGAACGUGUUUAACGGCGUCGGGACGGGCGAGGCGAACGCGAAGGGCAGCGCCGGCGUGACGAAAACCGGGGUCAACGCGGACGCCGCGAUUGGAGCGAACGCCGACGUGGCAGGCGUAGGAGCGAAUGUGAAUGUCGGCGCUGGCGGCGGGUUCAACAAGAAAGAAGUUAACGCGAAUGCCGGGUUUGGAGUUUACGGGAACGUGGGGAAUAUCGCGGGUGCCGGAACUAAUAUCGGAUCGACGGCGAAGGUUAGCCGUGACGAGAUUGCCGCGAAUGCCGGGUUUGGAAUUGGCGCGAAUGUGGGAGGCAUUGGGGCAGGAGGCACGGCCGCGUCGACGGCUGAGAUUAGCCGCAAAGGCGUGAAAGCUGGGGCGAAUGCGGGCGCUUCGCCGUCUCUCCCUAUCUCUCAACCAGUCCCUUCCUGCACUGCCCUAGAUCGGCACCAACAUACCAUGUUCCGCAUCAAGAAAAAGGAGGUCGCCCGCUCCCUGCGCUGCGUCAACUGUGAGUCCCCGCCCCCCAAGUCCCCCCAAGUCCCCCAUAGCAUCCUAGCUGCACUGUAG